ACACUCACACACACUUGACACUCCAUGUCUCUUCAGACAAGUCGGUCCACCAAUUCAAUUUUUUUUCCUCUUCUCUCAUUCCCAUUAAUUUGUUUUUUUCACUUUCACAAAAUCUAUAAAAAAAAAAAUUAAAAAAAAAUAAAAACAUGCAUUCAGUUCCGGUGAUUCUCACCCUCACCGUACUUACAGUGCUCUUAGCAUCACCGGCGCAAGUUAUCGGAUGGCGUCCAUAUCGUCAUCAAACCAACGGCUCCGAUCAAAUAUUCGGCGCAUCAAAGAAAUUCGAAGGCUCAUCGAAUCUCGUCCGCCUCCGUUACCACAUGGGCCCAGUCCUCACCAACAACAUCACCGUCCAUCCAAUCUGGUACGGCACGUGGCAGAAAUCGCAGAAGAAAAUCAUCCGUGAGUUCAUCAACUCAAUCUCAGCCGUCGGAUCAAAACACCCUUCCGUCUCCGGUUGGUGGAAAACCGUUCAGCUCUACACUGACCAAACCGGAUCUAACAUUUCCGCCACGGUUCGUCUCGGCGAGGAGAAAAACGACCGGUUUUACUCCCACGGCAAAUCCUUAACCCGGUUAUCGAUUCAGUCGGUGAUUAAAUCCGCCGUCGCUUCUAGAUCUCGGCCGUUGCCGGUAAAUCCCAAAAGCGGUCUCUAUCUCCUCCUCACCGCCGAUGACGUGUACGUUCAGGAUUUCUGCGGCCAGGUUUGUGGAUUUCACUACUUCACAUUCCCGUCGAUUGUUGGAUUUACGCUGCCGUACGCUUGGGUCGGAAACUCGGCGAAGUUCUGUCCCGGAGUUUGUGCGUAUCCGUUCGCCGUACCGGAGUUUAUUCCGGGGAUUAAACCGGUGAAAUCGCCGAACGGUGAUGUUGGUGUGGAUGGGAUGAUAAGUGUGAUCGCUCACGAGAUUGCUGAGCUGGCGACGAAUCCGUUGGUUAACGCUUGGUACGCAGGACCCGACCCGGUUGCUCCGGUUGAGAUAGCGGAUCUUUGCGAGGGUAUUUAUGGAACGGGAGGUGGUGGUUCGUACACAGGACAGAUGUUGAACGACGAUCGUGGUGCCACGUAUAAUGUUAACGGUAUCCGACGACGGUAUUUGAUCCAGUGGUUAUGGAACCACGUGGUUAGUUACUGUACCGGACCCAAUAAGCUUGAUUAGUGAUGGUUUUCUUCGGUUUUGCGUUUUUAUUUUGGGAAGGGUAAUUCUGUCUUUCUGAAUUUGUGCUCCAUAAAGGGAAAUGGAGUGUAUGAUGGAUGGUCUAAGAAUAUGGGGUUUGUGUUGGAGAAUUGUCAACGUAUCAAUGCAUAAUUAAAUUAGUUAAUGAUAGUUUUAAGUUUGUUGAUUAUUAUGUGCAAAAAGUCACUUAUGCUUUUGUGUUAGUAACAUAUGAUGCUUAUCUUUUUUGUUGUUGAAA